AUGACCCUGGAGAAGACACGUCCUGAAGACACGAAGAAGGAUCCUGAAGACACGAUCCAAAGGAAGAAGGAUCUGGAGAAGACACGGAAGAAGGAUUCCAAAUACACACGGAAUAAGGAAAUUGGAGAAGAUACGAAGAAGGAUUUCGAGGAAGACAUGGAAGAAAGAUCUGGGGAAGACUCAAAGAAGGAUCCUGAAGACAGGAAAGAAGGAUCUCAAAGACGCGAAGAAGGAUCAUGGGAAACACGGAAGAAGGAUUCUCGAGAAGACACGGUGAAGAUCCUGGAGAAGACACGGAAGAAGGAACUAGAGAAUUUAUUACGGCAGAAGUUGAACUUGGGAAGACAAUGCAGAAGGAUCCUAGGGAAGACACGGAAGAAGGAUCUCUGGGAAGUCACGCAAGAAGCAUCCUCGGAAGACACGGAAGAAGGAUCCUACAAGACACAAAGAAGGAAUGGGAAGACACGGCCAAAGGAUCCUGGGAAGAUUAGACGAAGGAAGUAUCCAAGAAGGAUCGUGGAGAAGACACGGAAGAAGGAUCCUGGAGAAGACAUCGAAGAAGGAUCUUAG